CACGCGUCCGGGAGGCGAGUACCGAGCUUGUCAUUACUUGUCGGAUAUCGCGUUUCUCGCGCAUAUAUUUAUCAUCGGUCUCUACUCUGUUAUUUCGCGGCGGCGGUCGGCAAUUACGUCGCUACCGCAAUAAUUGCAUAAAAACUCGCCGAAAUUAGUGUAAACACGGAUGCGCGCUAUCGUUAUUACAUAUCGCGCUGUCAUUAUUAAAGAUGACGCAAACGACGAGUCAGCUGUUAAAUCAUUCGGACGCUGAAAGUCCGGUAAAGAGAAACAAUAACGGCGCGAACUGAAAUUGGGAUAAAUUUACGGAAUAAAAACGUUUCGUAUAUAUUUCGAUACAUGUAUUUUUAAUAUGCAGAAAAUUAAGAAGUGUUAAAACAUAUAAUUAAAAAUUAUUACAAUCUCUGCCUUACCAUUUGAGUAAAGCUAUAGCUAAUUUCUGUACACUCGAUACCGACCAAUCGCGGAUAAAAUAUAAUUCCUGUCAAUGAUAAUUGAUAAUAAAAAAAAAUUGUUUUUAUUUCAAAUAUUUAUUUAAAUGUUAAAUAUUCGAUUUCACUUGACUCCACCUUACAGAAAAAGUUUUUAUAUGCCUACAAAUUAUGGUUGAAAGCAAAUUCAAAGCUGAAAAAUACAUAAUAUAUGCAAUUUCCAAUUUUUGAAGUCAUUUAUCUCUCGACAACACAGUCUUACGUUCCAUAGUGAAAGAAUUCUAUUUUGUGCUCAUUUUCAAUUGUUUACAUUUUACUGUUUUCCAAUCCUAUCAUGACUGUGAAUACUUUUCGAAUCGCGACGCGUGACGUUUCGAAUCGAUCGGAAUCGUCGUGGCUGCGCCGUGUGCGGAGGGCCGACAGCUGACGGAUGAAUCGCCAGCUGUCACGGUGACGACGCGACCGUUUGCCGUUUCGCGAUGACCGCGAAUUAUUAUUUCGCGAUCGUCGGCCACGCCGACAAUCCGCUGUUCGAGAUAGAGUUCAACAAUGCCGGGAAGGACGCGAAGAAGGAGGAUCACUCGCAUUUGAAUCAAUUCAUCGCCCACGCGGCACUCGACCUCGUGGACGAGCACACGUGGAAAACGACGAACAUGCAUCUGAAAGUUGUGGAUAAGUUUAACCAGUGGUUCGUCAGCGCGUUCGUGACGGCAACCCACAUCCGAUUCAUCAUGGUGCACGACAGCAAGAACGAGGAGUCGAUCAAGAACUUCUUCAACGAAAUGUAUGAGACUUACAUAAAGUACUCGAUGAAUCCGUUUUACAAGCUGAACACUCCCAUCAAGUCUCUGGGAUUCGAGAAGAAGGCACAGUUGUACGGCAGAAAGUACUUGUCUUCGUGAGCGUGACAAUUGCUGUUGGUAAAGGAAUAUCUAUAAAACUUACGCUUCUCUUCGUUUUAUUCAAGAUUUGUUAAGCUACAAAAUAUGCUAUUAAUAGGCUUUAGAUAUAAAUUUGAUAAAUCUUUUCCAAUUUAACCCCCGGUAUUAAAGCAUAUCACUUAAAAAAGUUAUAAUUCACAUUUUGAUUUUGUACAAUGUAUACAUAAGUUAAUUGCACUGUGUAAUUGUUGAGUUUAUAUAAAAAAAUUAUUUAUUAUAUAAAAGACGAAAAUUGUCUUUUAUAAUAUAUAAUAACUGUCUUUUACAUUUAUAAAAUGCCAUGAAACUCGUGCUGCAUUUUCUAUUCCAUUUCCAGAUCUUGUAUCUGAAAUGUAAAAAAAAGAACAUAUAUAUGUAUCAUAUGUAUAUUUAUACUCAUGAGUCAGAAUAAUUGUUAAGUGAAAUAUAUAUACGGAUCACUUUA